AUGAGUCUCUGGCAGGAGUUGCGGAGCGAUGUGGAGAGCCGAUCGGUGACCGGAUCGGUUAAGGUGUCACCACGAGGUCACCGGAGCAGAGAUGCAGUGAAGCUUCCGGCCAUCCAAUGCGUGGAGACAUCAUCCAACUCCGCUUCGUCCGCUCUCAGGCGAGCCUCUCUCGGGCAACUGCCAAGCUUGGAUGGUCGAGAGAGGUCGCCGCCGGAGUCGUCGGAAGUGCGGUUCGGGAGAGAGGUGCGGUCGGGUCCUAGUGCACCGCGGCGGACUCCGCACUUCCCCGACCUCGUCCUCACCUCUUCCGCCCUUGUCCUCUCCCUCCAGGGUAAAAAAGGAUCAAGGGAAAAUGAGGUCCAGAGACCAGCCAAUGCUACGGAUGCUUCCGACGCGUCCGAUCCCAUUUUCGAUAAACACAUCAAACCGCUUCUCCGACAUCUUUCUAGCAACAAUGACUCCGGUGCAGGCGACGAAGGCGAACUGACGGAGUGUCUCCGGACCCUUUACUCCUGCUUGUCACAGCACGGAUAUUUUGGCAAUAGCAAAGGGGCGAAGUGGAAAUGGGGGCGUUGCCAAGUCCUGAAGGCACUGAAUCCACUGAUCGAACGCUGCCAGGCCCCAGCCCUCGUGCAACUCGCCCGCAUCUUCCUGGCCGUAAACACCCCAAUUAUUCCUUUUUUCUGUUUCGUCGCUGCAUAUAUGAAGGGGAUCUUUUUGGGAAUUCAGUUGAAGCUGAGGGGACAGAACUUGGUGAGUUCGAGCAAACUGGUGCUUCGGAUCGCUCGAAGCGAUCGGAACGACCAGCUCUUCCUCGAAGGCAACGUUCUGGAUUUGUUCCUGGACACGAUCGGUGGAUCGAGCCCAUUAGAAGAAGCGGAGGCUCUGAUCUAUGCGUACGGUGCCUUGAAGUGCCUCACCUCCAACGACCUCCUCCUUCAUCGCCUCCUCCGCCUCGGACUCCUCGAUCUUCUCGUCCUUCACCUCAAACUCAUUGCUGCCAAGAAGGAAGAGAAAGGGAAGGUGGAAGGAAGCGUGGGUGCGGGAUUGUUCCAGCUGACUGCGGUUCUACGGAACGUGGCCGGCGACGAAUACGUCUACCAUCAGCUGAUCGCAUCUGGUGCCGUGAAGCAGAUAACUCGCCUCCUUUCCCUCUUCCACAACGACAUCGACGUCGUCUCCAACCUCUCUCGCGUCUUCAGCGUGCUGUCCACUUCUGAAGAAUGCUGCGAUGCCAUCUUGGCAGGGGACGAGGACCUGAUGAAGACUUGUACCAGCCUUCUAAAGGAGCAUCCGUCUAACAGCCAGACCGUGGUUAGGAUCGGAUACGCCUUGGGAAACCUCGUUGCCUUCUACCCUCACGCCAGAGAUCGGUUGCACGAGGCUGGGGCCCUGGAGGUACUUUUGGACCUCCUUUCGGUGUAUUUACGAAAGGACCUGAACGAGGGAAAGGAGGCAACGAAGCCAGGUUGCAGUGAAGGAAGUAGUGGAAAUCCUUCCGACGUCAUCAUCAAGGUUGUUCGGGUGGUGGCAAACAUGAGCAUUUCUCCGAAAGUGGGUCCGGAGAUCGGUCGAAGUCAUCGAUGCCUGGAUCACCUGUUGAACAUCGUGAGGCACAAGGACGUGUGCGAAGGGGAAGAGACGAGGGAAUGCAUCUCAUGUGCCCUAACCGCACUCAAUAACAUCUCCUUCUAUGCCCAGGGCUCCUCGCAAUCUGUCCUCGUGGAACGGGCCACCGAAAUCACCGAAUUGUUUGAGGAGUUGCUGGAGUUGCUGGAAGUGAGGAGUGCGGACGUGGUGUUCGGUACGGCGGGAGUCCUAGUCAACAUGAUGAACGACGUUGAUCGACGGCAACAAUUCAUUCAACAACGAGGCCUUCCCAGGCUGUUGGGUGUACUUCGGGACGUGGAUGAAGGAGACUGGGAGCUCGGUUCCUUGGCGUGUCAGGUCAUCUGGAACGCUUGUGCCGGAGUUCAUGACCUCAAAAGUCAUCUCGGCGAAAACUACGUUCAAGAGCUCGUCCUGCUCCUUGAGGACCUCAUCGAGGAGGAAGAAAACGACGACUCAGAGCAAAAAUCCGCAUUUUGCAAAGUGGCCACGCAGCUCCUAGAAAGGUUGGAUCCCACUGCAUCCGAACCAUGAUGAGAAGAUAAAGUAUUUCAUGUGUUCAAUAGUCAUGAAAUGUAUGAGACGG